AUGUCCAGAGACCAGAAUACUAGUGUCACGAGUCCGUUCGACGACAGUUACGAGUUUACUGCCGACGAUUCGGACUUUAGAUUCACUCCUGGCACUCCAGCUACAGACUCUCCAAAAUCAUCGGCUCCUCUUACGGGGCGGUCGGUCUCUAAGAAAUCGCAACAUUCCAACCUCCAAGACACCUCAUUCAACGCAGGAGAUGAUGAGGAAGAUGAUGUGUUUGCUCCUAGACCGUUCGGCCAAAAAAGAGCCGACACUGUCAAUUUACAAGACGCACAUGUCACUUUUCAGGGCGAGGACACCGAAGAGGAAGAGGAAGAUGAUUUUAUAGGUGAUUUACCUCGAUCUAAUUCUACGGCCAUUAGAAGACACAGAUGGGGUACCCAAAGACACAAGAACGGUAAUCCGUUGAAAAGAAACAAAACAUUUCAAAGAUCCAUUUCUAAGCGGAUUCCUGGUCGAAGACUGUUUAAUGCAGGAGAAAAUGACCCCGAAGAUGCAGGAGAUGGAAGUGAAGAUAGGUCUUCAGAAAAACGAAAUGUCUAUUGGAAUCUUUCGCUUCCCGACAGCGAAAAGGACAGCGAAGGAAAUCCACCCGAAUACAAGAGAAACAAAAUCAGAACAACCAAAUACACUCCGCUUUCAUUCAUUCCCAAAAACUUGUAUUACCAGUUUGAAAAUGUCGCCAACAUUUACUUUUUAAUCAUGAUCAUCAUGGGAGCUUUCCAGAUCUUUGGUGUUCCUAGCCCUGCACUUUCUGCUGUUCCGUUGAUUGUCAUUGUGGCAAUUACUGCUUUCAAAGAUGCCCUCGAGGACUCCAGAAGAACUAGUUUGGACCUUGAAGUGAACAACCAAAUUACGCACAUUCUGAAAGGAAUGGAUAAUCCAAACUUCAAUGGGGAACAUAUCAGUUUAUGGAGAAGAAUCAAGAAAACAACUUCGCGCCAUAUGUUCGCCAUUAUUAGAAGACUCAAGGGAAAACCUAGCAUCGAUCCUCUCAAGGAAGAUCCUGCUGAAAACAGAAAGUCUAUUGAUAGUUUCGAUUAUCGAAAGAGUUUCCAAGAAGAUUUUGCAGCAAGCUCCACUUCGCUAACCAGUGAAGCGGCUGAUCCAUUUUCGGAUAAAAACGAGUAUGCAUCUGACAUGUACACUCCAAAGGUCGAGCCAUUCACUGCUGCUCCGUCAU